CAGAAUUACUCUAUGAAUGAUUAUAAAGAAUUUAAAAAGGAUCUAAUCACAAAAAUAUCAUAGAAUAAAAAGAUUAUAGAAUUCCUAAAAUUUUUAGUUCAUCUAACUGCUUUAGAUGAGACCUAUAUUUGUUGUGGAUCAAAUUCUCUUCAUUUGCUAGUUUAAAUGAAAGUGGAUUUGAGGGAAUAUAGUUUUGAGAAUAUCAGGAUAAGAAAUACCUCUUUAGUUGGUGGAAAUUUUAUACGAUGCAAUUUUAAUGGAUCAGAAUUUGACAAUGUAGAUAUUAGUGGAAUGAACUUGAAUUAAGCUUAAAUGUUUAAUUGUAAUUGGAAGAAUAUCAAAAUACAUGAGUUAAAUAAAUUAUAUGGUCAUCAUAGAAGUGUGAAUUAGGUCUGCUUUUCUCUAGAUGGUAAGUAAUUAGCUUCUUGUAGUGCUGACAAUUCAAUUAUAUUGUGGGAUGUUAAAACAGGAAAAAUAAAGUCUAAAAUCAAUUAAAAGGAUGAAGUAAAAUCAGUAUGCUUCUCAUCAAAUACCAGUACCUUAGUUUUCAGCAGUGGAAGAUUUGUAUAUUUAUGGAAUCUUAAAACAGGAAAAUAAAAAGCCAAAUUAGAUGGUCAUUCAAAUGAUGUUAAUUCAAUUUAUUACUCUCCUGAUGGUACUACAUUAGCAUCUGGUAGUGCAGAUGAGUCUAUCCGUUUAUGGAAUGUUAAGACAGGAUAAUAAAAAGCCAAAUUAGAUGGUCAUUCAAGUGCAGUUGAUUCAAUUUGUUACUCUCCUGAUGGUACUACUUUAGCAUCUGGUAGUUGGGAUAAGUCUAUUCGUUUAUGGGAUGUUAAGACAGGAUAAUAAAAAGCCAAUUUAGAUGGUCAUUAAAGUUGGGUUUGUUCAAUUUGUUACUCUCCUGAUGGUACUACAUUAGCAUCUGGUAGUGAUGAUAAGUCUAUCCGUUUAUGGGAUGUUCAGACAGGAUAAUAAAAAGCCAAAUUAGAUGGUCAUUCAUAAUAAGUUAUGUCAAUUUGCUACUCUCCUGAUGGUACUACUUUAGCAUCUGGUAGUGCAGAUGACUCUAUCCGUUUAUGGGAUGUUAAGACAGGAUAAUAAAAAGCCAAAUUAGAUGGUCAUUC